GUACAUACUUAUAGUAGCAAUGUAUCUGACAUUAGUGAAAUAUUGAUACGUGAGAAAAAUGAUCGUUCACAGCUAUGCUUCUGUGCUUAUUGAUUUGUCAGUGAACAAUUUAAUUCGAAUUUAAUUAUUCAAAGAAAUUCGAAAACAAUACGAUUUUCGAACAUGUUUCUCUGGUUGGAAUUAUUGAUCUCUCGUCCCAUUGUUGUGUUUGUUUCGUUUAAUAUUUUCAGUGUGCAGUUUGAAAUUACCGAUGCAUCAGAAGUACUAAAUGAAACACAGGCUAUGAUACACUUGGCUCAGUACGGUUACCUUGCAUUGUCAGUUGACGAAAUACAAUCCGGCAAACGAGUAUCGAAAGAAGACUUGUCUAGAGCUCUGAAGGAAUUUCAAGAUUUUAAUAAUCUUCAUUCGACUGGAAAUCUGGAUGUUCAAACGAUGAGUAAAUUGCAAGAACCACGAUGUGGUUUUCCAGAUGAGACGAGAAAUUCUAGAACUCGAUGGUUUAAACAUUCCAACAGGAAGUGGAUAGAAAACAGAAUUACAUUCGCAUUUGAACACGAUUCCAAAAAAUUACCGCCUCAUGUAACACAUAAUGAAAUAUACCGAGCUUUCAAAACAUGGGAGGAAUUCAUACCAAUUAAAUUCGACCUGGCUGACAAGGAAAAACCCAACAUCUUGGUUUCUUUCGAAACUGGCAAACAUCAAGAUCAGGCACCUUUCGAUGGUCCUUUAGGAAUUCUAGCGCACGCCACCGGUCCACAAGAAAGUCGUCUACAUCCAUCUUUUGCUCACUUUGACGAUGACGAAAAUUGGCAUGUUGAAAAUGAGAAAAAUAAUGACGACGGGCCAAAUCUUUAUCAAGUUGCUGUACACGAAAUAGGUCAUACUUUGGGCCUUUAUCAUUCCAAUGAUACAAAAUCAGUAAUGAGAGCGCAUUAUCCGGGAUCCUUCAAUCCAAACUUCAAAAUGCCAUUGGAUGAUGUAUACGCUAUACAAACAUUAUAUCCAAAAAAGAGAAAAUUAAAGGGACCAAAUGGUAAACCACUUUACACUACUGUUCCUCCUAGACCAAAGAGAAAGAGACGGACUACUCGAAAACCGUUACCUAAAUCAGAACUCGCCAAAAAUCAUACUGCUUUAGAUCGAGGCAGAAUUUUGUAAGUAAGAAGAUCGCAUGGUGAAAUUUUUGACCCAUCAAUUUUAAAAAGAUAUGGUACUUGUACAUUUUAAAAUCAGAUCCUGCGUUUGGGAAAUAAACAGUUCUGAAUAUCUGA